AUGGCGACUGUUUUCCAGGGAUUGGGAGCUACUGCUGCAAUUACUGCCGCCGCUAAUCCCCUCGAUUCCAACAAGUUACUUCUUUCCUCGAGGAGAUCCUUCCCAGGCAAGAAAACAAGCUUGGUUGUGGUUAGAUCUGAUGGUAGUCUGAACUUGAACACGGGCUCUAGUGCUGGAGCUCGCAGGCUUGACCAGUUAGUUACCAAUGCUGUUGCUACUAAGGCCGAUGCUGCUGCAGCAUCAUCUGCAUCUAAACCCGGACAUGAACUUCUGCUUUUUGAGGCCCUACGAGAAGGGCUAGAAGAAGAAAUGGACAGAGAUAAUCGGGUUUGUGUCAUGGGGGAAGAUGUGGGUCACUAUGGAGGUUCCUACAAGGUGACCAGAGGGCUAGCUGACAAAUUUGGGGAUCUCAGGGUUCUCGACACUCCAAUUGCUGAAAAUGCCUUCACCGGUAUGGGGAUUGGAGCUGCCAUGACUGGAUUACGCCCAAUUGUGGAAGGGAUGAAUAUGGGAUUUCUCCUCCUAGCUUUCAACCAGAUCUCAAACAACUGUGGCAUGCUCCACUACACCUCAGGUGGCCAGUUCACCAUCCCAAUCGUCAUCCGUGGGCCCGGUGGUGUUGGACGCCAGCUUGGUGCUGAGCACUCGCAGCGUCUUGAAUCGUAUUUCCAGUCCAUCCCUGGAAUCCAGAUGGUUGCAUGCUCCACUCCUUACAAUGCAAAGGGCUUGAUGAAAGCUGCAAUCCGAAGUGAGAACCCAGUGAUCCUUUUCGAGCACGUACUGCUUUACAACCUCAAGGAAAGAAUCCCGGAUGAAGAGUACAUCUGCAAUUUGGAGGAAGCCGAGAUGGUUAGGCCAGGGGAACAUAUCACCAUCUUGACCUACUCUCGAAUGAGAUAUCACGUGAUGCAGGCUGCUAAGACUUUGGUGAACAAGGGAUACGACCCUGAAGUGAUUGACAUCAGGUCCUUGAAACCUUUCGAUCUUCACACUAUUGGGAACUCGGUGAAGAAGACGCAUCGGGUGCUGAUAGUGGAGGAAUGCAUGAGGACGGGAGGGAUUGGUGCUAGCUUGACUGCAGCAAUCAACGAGAACUUCAUCGACUAUUUGGAUGCCCCAAUUAUGUGCUUAUCUUCACAGGAUGUUCCGACACCUUAUGCUGGGACACUGGAGGAAUUCACAAUUGUGCAGCCUGCCCAGAUUGUUACGGCAGUUGAGCAGUUAUGCCAGUAA